UUUUCCAGAUAAAUUACACACUGUAAAUAAAAACUUCGUAAACCGAGGUGUAAAUCUUAAAAUCAACAAGGAUCUUUUACUCUGCUUUGAAAAUUAUUGAAGGACUUUUGCAUUGCAGUCAAUUGAUCAACUUUAUUUUUAUUCCUAAUCCAAAUCUCUCCCGCAAGUAAAUAUGGCAAAGUGGGGAGAAGGCGAUCCACGUUGGAUAGUUGAAGAGAGAGCUGAUGCUCAUAACGUUAAUAACUGGCAUUGGAGAGAAAGUGAUGCCACCCAGUGGUCAAAGAAUAAGUUUAAAGAACUUCUUGACGGUAUGUUGAUCGGUGAUGAGAGUGUGGGAUCCUGCACUUUAUCAAAUAUAGUCUGCGAAGGAGAGGCUUCUGUUAGCAAUAGAAAAAACAAAAUCAUUUGUUUCUAUGAGUGGAAAAUCUCAGCUAAGUGGAAAGGAGGCGUGAAGAAUGAUGCCACAGUCUACAAAGGCGAACUUAUCAUAGAAAACAUGUCGGAAGAGUACGAACCUGAUGAAGUUGAUGUGGAAAUCAAGAUUAAUAAAGAGAAUAAAGAGAACACGACAAUCACAGCACUGAUGAAAACAUUCGGAGUCGUACUGGUUCGUGAAAAACUUCAAGCCUAUCUUGAUCAACUACGGACGAACUACGGCACACAACUAAUUCUCCCCCCCAAAGAUGCAAAAGUUGAUUCGAGAACUGCGGUUUCAACGAUGAAAAAUAGUACGAAUUUAAUCAAAAAGGAAAUGAAUAAUCUUGCAAUGAACGACAAGAAAACGGAUAAAACAAAUGCCGGCAUCAAAAUCACAACAAAGAAACUUACGAUGUCCGAGACUUUCAUGACAACGGUGGACGAACUCUAUCUGACCCUGACACUGAAAGAUCGCAUCUCGGCUUGGUCUAGAAGUGAAGUGAAGUCUGACGUGGACGUUGGGACAGUUCUCACUUUGUUUGAUAAGAAUGUGGAAGCUGAAUUUACUGAAUUAGUCCGUGACAAGAAACUCGUUAUGAAAUGGCGGAUGAAGUCAUGGAUGGCUGGUCACUACUCAACUGUGACAUUGGAUUUAGAGCAAACAGUAGAUGGCGCUAAAGUAUCUCUACAACAAUCUGGAAUCCCAGAGAAUUCUGUCGAAGCUACUACCAAUGGAUGGCGCCGUUACUACUGGGACGCAAUUAAAAUGACCUUUGGCUAUGGGUCGCGGAUAAUGUGAUGUUAGCUUGUCUUGUGUUGUUGUUAUCAAAACUUGAAUUUUGUCGUUAGGGACUCUAGUACGGAACAUCAAUCAAGAUGAUUAAAAUAAUUCUUGGUUUUAAUGUUAAUUUGGCAUUUUGUGGCAAAAUUCAGAUGCCACACACAAACACAAUUAUAUUUUGAGGUCAGACUUUUGAACUGUGUUUUAUGCUCAUUUGAAGAAGUCCAACCCAUACGCUACCGACAUAUAUUGUGUUAGUGUGCAUCGUAAGACUUUUAAAUCACUUAAAAUAGUCAUCUCUAUUCUUGCUACAGCUUCCUUGCAUUAUACGCAUACAUAUCCUUAUUUUUGGGUCAAUAUGAAAAUACCAUGCUCACACUAGGACCCAAUAGCACAUUUUAUCAUAGCGAAGAGCAACACUUAACGGUGAAACUCUUUAACUCUUGAAUCACUUAGAAUGGCCACGGUCUGUAUUGCUACAGCUUCCUUGCUCUAUAUCCAUACGGAUCCACUAGUGGAAAUAUGCUUACAAAUUAUGUGAUUAUCAGUUGAAGGUUACGCAAGACCAACUACUACCUUUCCUUGCUCUAUGC